UUUAUUUAUAAGUAUAUCUCAGUUGCAGAAAAUUUUCUAGCCUGUUGAAUAGAUACAAUGUGACCACACUAAAGUGUAGAGUAGACUAUUCACAGCCAAACUUCGUUCUAGCAAGACAAUUUCUUCCAAUAAGAUUAGAUAUCAUUAUUCGAUAAAAAUGAAGAAAUUGCAGCCAAAUCCAAUGUUUCGGGCAAAUAUAUUCUCUUUAUUUUCAUACUGGUGGUUGAAUGACUUUUUUGCUGAAGGAUCAAAACGUUCGUUACAAGAAUACGAUAUGUUGGAACUUGAUACUUCCAAUACAUCAGCAGCAAUUACCAGUGAUUUAGAAAAAAAUUGGAAGAAAGAAGUCGAGCGUUCUAUCAAAUCCAAAACAAACAAUCCGAGCUUAAUUCGUGCAGUAGUCAUGACUUAUAAAGGAAGACAUGCGAUUUGUGGUGUAUUGGCUCUUUUAGAAGAAUGUCUUCGAACAGCAGUACCAGUUCUGAUUGCAUAUCUUAUUAAAUAUUUCGAGAAUCAGACUGAUACUCCGGUUUGGCAUGCAUAUGCUUAUGCAGCUGGAAUCAGUGUCAUAACAAUAUCAUUGGCUAUUUUACAUCAUCAAAGUUUUUAUUUAUCGCAAAGGAUUGGGUGGCAUAUGAGAGCAUCAACAUGUGCAUUGAUGUACAAAAAGACACUUCGAUUAAGUCAGAAAUCAUUGAAUCACACAACAACAGGACAAAUUGUUAACCUUGGGGCAACCGAUGUUCUUAGAUUCGAUUGGUUACCGGUGUUCCUGCAUUAUUUAUGGAUCGGCCCCUUGCAGUGUUUAGUAGUUGGAGUAAUACUCUGGCAAGAGUUUGGAAUUGCAAUACUAGCUGGAAUGGGAGUUCUAGUGUUGAUCAUGAUUUUGCAAACUUUUAACGGCAAAGCAUUUGGAAAACUGAGAAGCAUGACAGCUGUUCUCACCGAUGAGAGAAUCCGACUGAUGAACGAAGUAGUCACUGGAAUGAGAAUAAUAAAAAUGUAUGCGUGGGAGAAACCGUUUGCCAAACUUGUAUCAGAUGUCAGAAGAAAAGAAGUUAAACGAAUCCUCAUGGCAUCUUCAAUAAAAGCUUUCAAUUUCUGUUUCUUUGUAUGUCAGGACAAAAUACUGACUUUUGUUACGUUAAUAGUAUAUGUCGCUUUAGGAGGUACAGUUACAGCGUCUAAGAGUUUUCUAUUAUUGUCGAUCAGUACUGCACUGAGACUUCCAGUUGGCUUCUUUUAUCCCCGUGCUAUGACAUAUUUGUCAGAGUCACUUGUUGCAAUUUCAAGAAUCGAGGCGUUUUUUCUGAUGAGCAUCCUUCGAGUUGUGAGCUUAGUUACCGGCUCAUUUCUACCAUUAGCAAUUGAAUUUUUAUCGUCGUCGAUCGUUUCAUUUGGUAGGAUACAGAAAUAUUUGCUGAUGGAAGAAUUUUCAGAAAUACGAACUAAUCUGCAACCAAAAGCAAAUAUAGAUGCGUUUGUUGAACUAAAAAAUUUCAGCGGUAAAUGGGAUUUAGAUGAUGAUUCUAAAGAAAGAGCUGAUAUCACUUUGAAAUGUAUAAACGUCCGAUUGGAAGCAGGAAAACUGUUAGCGGUUAUUGGACCAGUAGGCGCAGGAAAGUCUUCCCUCUUGAGUGCAGUGUUGGGCGAAUUGCCGGCCUUAAAAGGAAAAGCUAUAGUUCACGGAAAGAUUGUUUACUCCAAUCAAGUUCCUUGGGUUUUUUCCGGUACUCUACGAGAAAAUAUUUUGUUCGGUGAAGAAUACGAAAAAGAACGAUAUGACGAUGUAAUCAGCGCGUGCUGUUUAACAAAGGAUUUGACCCUUCUUAGCGACGGAGACUUGACACUGAUUGGAGAAAGGGGUGUCACAUUAAGCGGUGGUCAAAAGGCAAGGGUCAGCUUGGCACGAGCAACAUACAAGAGAAAUGCAGAUAUAUGCUUAUUGGACGACCCACUAAGUGCAGUAGAUACAACAGUAGCAAGUCACAUAUUUAAACAUUGUAUUUGCGGACUCAUGAAACAUAAGGCCCGAAUACUCGUGACCCAUCAAUUACAGCUACUGAAGACCGUGGAUGAAAUUCUGAUUUUCAAAGAGGGAACGGUAUCUGAUCGUGGCACAUAUGAUGAGCUUCAAGCUAAGGGGGUUGACUUUGCUGCUCUUCUAAAGAAAAAAGAGAAGGGCGUUGCCGCUGAAGAAUCUAUACCUUUGACACCUAAAAUCAGACGUAGAGCCUCAAUCAGUGGAUCUUCCUUACUCUCAAGAAGAAAUUCACUCAACACAUCGCAUAUAUCUAUCAUGUCAAGACUUUCGUUAACCGAAAUUGAGCAAGAGGAAAAAAGUAUGGGAGAGUUGAUACCGGAAGAAACACGAGAGCAAGGAAGCAUUGAAGGAAAAGUUUAUCUUGAAUAUUUCAAAGUUGCUGCAAACAAAUUUUCCCUUGCUUUGUUUUUCAUUUUUAUCAUAGCAAGUCACAUUAUCUACGUUAUGAACGACUGGUGGCUAUCAGAAUGGGCCGCAUCAUACGAAAACUACGUUGAAUCUUUAUCAAUGAUGUCGAAUUCUUCACUAGAUGAAUCAAUGCGUUAUUCUGGAUCAGGACAGUUUGAAUCACCUACUAAAACUGCAAAUUUGACUUCAUUAACUCAACUCGAUUCUACAGCAACUUUCGAUUCAAGCUUCUACCUGAAAGUAUAUGCAAUAUUAUCGGCAAUAAUGGUAAUGGUUGUGUUGAUUCAUGCAAACAUACAUUUUUAUAUUUGCGUCACUUCUGGUAUUCACAUGCACAACAAGAUGUUUCGAGCAAUUUUAAGAGCUCCUAUCAGAUUUUUUGAUACAAAUCCAUCAGGAAGAAUUUUAAACAGAUUUUCCAAAGACAUGGGACAGAUUGAUGAACUUCUGCCUCUUACAUUUAUGGAUUUUUUGUGGAUAUUUGGCGUUAUCAUCAGUGUAUUGAUUCUAACAUCAGUUGUCAACUAUUUUGUCAUCAUUGUAAUUAUCCCAUUGGUCAUUUAUUUUCUAUGGCUGAGAAACUAUUACUUGCGUACCUCGAGAGAUAUAAAAAGACUAGAAGGAACUUGUAGAAGUCCUGUAUUCAGCUUGUUAUCAUCAACUUUACAAGGUUUGCUCACUGUCCGGGCUUUUGGUGUUCAGAAUCAAUUUGAAAAUAAAUUUCACGAAUGUCAAGAUUUACAUAGUGCAUCCUGGUUUUUGUUUCUUGUUGGUUCAAGAUGGUUUGGAUUGCGACUCGAUUUGAUAACUGCUACGUUUGUAUCCACUGUAGCAUUUUUUUCUGUCAUAAGUGCCUCAUUACUGAAUCUUAAUCCUGGCGAAAUUGGUCUGAUUUUAACUUACACAGCUUCACUUGUAAGUCAGUUUCAAUGGGGAGUUCGUCAAAGUGCAGAAGUAGAAAACUUGAUGACAUCAGUAGAAAGAGUUCAGCAAUAUUAUCGAAUCCCUCCAGAAGCCGCGGAUGAGAAUCCAGAUAAUAAACCACCUAAAAGUUGGCCCCCUUAUGCCGCUAUUGAUUUUAAAAGCGUAUCAUUUUCAUAUUAUAAAGAUGGACCAGAUGUACUACAAAAUAUUGAUUUAGAAAUACGCGCCAAGGAAAAGAUUGGAGUCGUCGGCCGAACUGGUGCCGGUAAAAGUUCUCUUAUAUCAGCACUUUUCAGACUGUCGGAACUAACAAGUGGUGAAAUAUUCAUUGAUGGAAUUCCCAUAACACCUUUGGGACUUCAGGAUCUACGUAGUGUAUUAUCUAUAAUACCUCAGGAUCCAAUUCUCUUUACUGGAACGAUGCGACGAAAUAUUGAUCCUUUUAACAAAUAUUCAGAUGAAGAUUUAUGGAACGCUUUGGAGCAGGUUCAGUUAAAAGAAUUGGUAAAAUCAUUGCCAAUGAAACUGAACACAGAACUUGCUGAAUCGGGAUCUAAUCUCAGUGUUGGACAAAGACAACUUGUUUGUCUUGCUCGAGCAGUUUUGAGGAAAAGUAAAAUUCUUGUGAUUGAUGAAGCAACUGCAAAUGUUGAUAUCAGGACCGAUCGUCUUAUUCAAAUGACAAUACGACAAAAGUUCAAACAAUGUACUGUUAUAACUAUUGCACACCGAAUAAAUACUAUAAUAGAUUCAGAUAAAAUUUUGGUGCUGGAUGAAGGACAAGUUAAGGAAUAUGACGAACCUCAUACUCUUCUUGAGAUGAAAGAUGGUUAUUUUGCUAGAAUGGUUAAAAGUGCUGGUUUAUCUGAGAGUCAAGUGCUUCAGAUGUCGCCAAAUAAGAUUUCCAACUGCAAACAUCCAGACAAAAAUUACAACAUACCAUCAGUUACAACACCAAUCCCUGAUGAUGAUAUGACCAUAUGGUAGUUCUUUCAAAACUUGUACAAUAAACAUUUUUGCAUUUUCAAUCCGUGUAUUGUUAACCAGAACUAUAACCAGGGCGGCCAUAACGUCUUUAUUUCGAAGAUUUGCCCUUAUUUUACCGUGGUGAUUAUGGGUUUCUACAAGUGAAAGUGAACUUAUGUUCACCUCACUUAUGAGAAUAAAGAACUGCCGGAGCAAAUCUUUUCUAGUGCAAAGUAUGGCAUGAAUACAUUUUGUUUAUUACACUUCGUUUUUUUUUGUCUUAUUAUUAGGUUUCUCUGAUGUCCUUAUUUUUGGGUUCAUAUCAAUGGCAGCUCUGUCUAAAACUAAUGUCGCACUGCUUUUGUAUGUUUUUAAAUAAACGAAUAUGGAGUGAUUUC